UCAGAAUUAUCAAAAAAAUAUAAUGGAGAAUUCGGAAGCAAAUUCCAUCCCAUCUGCUCAUAAUAACGAAGAAAACCCUAAUUGCAUGCUAUGGCCCUGUCAAGACGCGGAUUUCAAAUGCCAAAUUUCAAAAUCCGAGAAGAUCAUUCACGACGUAGAUCGGAAACAGACUGAACUCCUCAAGGCUUUAAAGAGAAAAAAGAUCGACGAACUAGGCUUGGCAUUCACAAGUUUACAAUCUGCUUUAGAAUCGGAUUGGUACCUAAUAAUGCACGGCAAUAACCAGCUAUUAGAACAGAUUUUAGACAAAAUAAGUUUCAGGAACAAGAUAUAUCAGGGAAGAGCAAUUAGAUCGUUCUUAUCAGAAGACGACGAAGAAAAAGAAGAAGCACAAGUUAAUUUUAAAAAUUUAGAUUUUAAACUGCGACAUGGGAAUGGAAAUAAGAGCAUGGCUGCAGAGAAACGAUUUUUAAAGGAGAUCAAACGCAAAAACAGUAGCAAUUCUAAUGAUUUUCUUGAAUCGAUUAAUAAGGAGAUUUCAUUAUGGCGUUACGGUUAUGACAACAUAGAUGCAAAAACUCGCAGUCAAAAGAUGAAAGAGUUGGAGUUCAAGAGGGAUAUAGCAAUAACUAAUGCUACUGUAAAAGGACAGAGUUGGUGGAAAUUUCUAGGAUCAAAAGAAGAAAUACAAGAAAGAAUCAAUUACAAAGAAUAUCGUGUGGAACAAAUAACAAAGAAGCGUUUGAAAAAUAGAUCUCACAUUAAGUCUUUGAUCAAUAGACUCAAGACUGUAGAAAAGUAUGUUGUUUCUCUAGAAUCCCAGAUGGAACAAGCAAAGUGUCGAAAGGAAGAAGCUUACAAGCGUAUAUGCUUACUUGUAAAACAUCAUGAAGAUAAGGAAUGUUGCUGUUUCGGACAUCUUUCAGCCUUGAACAAUGUCACAGAAGUUGCCAAAAGAAUUUUUGACCCGCUCGAGGAAUAUACUAAUCUUAAGCCGGAGUUAGAGUAUAGAACCGAUCAAAUAAUCGAAAUGAUAGCAUGUCGAUGUCGAAUGAGUUCUAAACUAGAAAGAGUGGCACCUAGUAUGAUAAUUGUUAGAGAUGUAUUUUAUGGAAAAAAUGUGAAGAAAUUAGUGUUACUAGAAGUGCCGGUGAGACGUUGGAUAGAUCUAUCAAAAUAGAUUUUAGACAAUUUAAUUAUCUGCCUCACUGAAAAUAAAGGUCUUAUUGGAAACAAU